AGAAAAUAAAUUGUAAGAAAAAAAGCGAUAUUUUCUGCAUUGACCAGUUGACGAAGAAAGACGGUCAAUGACACGCCCGCUGACCAAUAGCGAAUGGAGUUGUUCCACAUGUAACGCCACGCCCUUUUCGGUUUUCUCUGCCCUCUCGGCUUCCUCUCUUCCGUGCAAGCUUUGCAUUUGAAGACGUUGACGGCUGAUCUGCUCGGACGGACUCCCCUCCUACGCCUGCCUCCGCGACGACCAGGUUCCCCAUCUCUCUCCUCCUCAGAUCCGAAAGGUUCAGAGCCUAUCGAUCUAUCGGCUAAAGAACAGAAGGAAAUCGACAAGAGAAAGAAACGAAGGUAGAGAGAUGCCCAAUUGGGAGCUCAAGCACUGCUGCGACCACGAGCAGUCCGUCUUCAUCGUCACCAUUGCCGUCUUCACCGUCGUCAUCCUCGCCUUGUGGAGGACGGUGCUGCUGACACCUUUCAAGCUCAUCACGGUGUUUCUUCAUGAGACGAGCCAUGCUCUCGCCUGCAAACUAACAUGCGGUGAUGUUGAAGGCAUACAGGUACAUGCAAAUGAGGGUGGAGUCACACAAACUCGUGGUGGGAUCUAUUGGAUCAUUUUGCCAGCUGGAUAUCUUGGCUCAUCAUUCUGGGGAAUGGUUUUCAUUCUUGCAUCUACUAAUCUUCUCACAACGAGAAUUGCUGCUGGUUGCUUCCUGCUUGCAUUGCUUGUUGUACUAUUUGUUGCCAAAAAUUGGUUGCUUCGUGGACUUUGUAUAGGCUUUAUCAUAUUUCUUGCAAUUGUUUGGCUUCUGCAAGAAACUACCAAGGUUCGCAUUCUUCGCUUCGUCAUUCUGUUUAUAGGUGUCAUGAACAGCUUAUUUUCUGUCUAUGAUAUCUAUGAUGAUUUAAUUUCUCGAAGAGUUCACUCGAGUGAUGCUGAGAAAUUUGCUGAAAUUUGUCCUUGCCCUUGUAAUGGUGUUGCAUGGGGAGUUAUUUGGGGUCUAAUAUCAUUUACAUUCCUUUGUGGAUCCAUUUACCUUGGUCUUGUUAUUCUCUCUUAAGGUUUAUAAAGGAGUAAUCAGUUUUAGUUGAAAGCAUGAAAGAGACAAAAGGGAUAAAAUGUUAUGGUCUUCAAGGGAAUGACUAAGAUGUGCAAAGCUGUAGGUUCUAUGCCAUGCAUAGUCGAAAGAAAGGUCUACCACUUCUGUAUAUAUAACAUGGGCUUUAGUAUCUGCUGAAAGUCAAACAUCAAAAUGGCACACUUUGGGCUUCUGCAUACUGCUUUUAACUCUGUUCAGAUUGUAUUAUUAUUUUCUUCAGUUGAUGGAUUUUAUUAUAUAUCAUCUAACACUUUAGGUGCUUUGUCUUUUUGUUUCCUAUUGGAUGUGUCAUUCCAGUUUGGUAUCUCACAAUUUUCUUAACAUCAAUGCUCAAUCUUUAUGUUAGUUCUCUUCCUACAACAGUUGCUAUUUUAAUUUUUUCCCCAAUAUCUUGAUAUUACACCGGAAAGAACAAAGACCAUGAUAUUAGAUAAAAGAAGUUCUAAAUACACUCAGCAAUUUUAUCUAGCCAGAGUAAAUUUAUCAUAUGAAUCAGUAUAAUGCCCUUUAAAUGUGUACCUAUGUUAUAUAAUCAUAUUAUAGUUCUUGUAUUUCAGCAUUGCUUAGGCAUAAAUAACUUGCAACAUUUUUUCCUUUUCUCCAUCAUUUGAUUUCCAAAAUGUUUGGUUGGAGGUGUUAUUAUGCUACAUGUGUAAAUUACCAAAGUUAUAGUCUUAUACACAGACAGUUCUAAUAAGUAGAGGAGCUUUGAGGUUAAUCUUUGUUCUUGGUGGAUGCAAUAAGAUUUUUCUUCUUCUCUGAAAAUUUGUUUCUGUAUGUUCUGUGUGCCUGAUCUGAGGCUCAUUGCUUCAGAACGUAUAUCAUAAGAUUGAGUGCCUUUUGCAUCUUGUUAUUUUAUUUUUAAGCGUGUGAAGAGCUUAUUAAAGCUGACCUUUUUAACUGGAAUCAUGCUGCAUCAUUCUCUCUAUGUUCGACAUCAUUUUUUGCAAUGUCCCUGUUUACUUAUACAAUCAGGUUUUUCAGACUUUAUAAGCACAUGACCAUUAGCAAUGUACCUCUUGCCAGCUGCUAUUCAUGAAAUAAAACUGUUCUGGUUGUACUGCUGCCAAUCCUUAGCACCUGUUGUUGAAAAGCAUGAUAACCAGCAACUUCUUGGUUUGGUUCUUUUAAUUCAUUUUAAUAUAUAUAAUUCUCAUGCUAUUUAGUAAAUUUUAAGAUGAUCAUUGUGGAUAUUGAAAAAAAAACACUAUUUUUUCUCUUUCUUUUUCUUUUUUAUUUUGUGCUUUUCCUAGUUAAAGCUAAAUAGCGACUAAUUUGCCUUCAUCAAUUGCUGAUGAAGCCGGCUUUGUGCGCUGAUCUCUCUUUCCA